GCAGAGAGAUUUUUCACCGCUUGAAACCUGAACGAUAUAUUUACAUUCAAACCAUAAUACCCAGCAAAAAUACGGCCUUCAUGUUCACCCUCGCCUUAAUUUUAUGUAUUCUCGCCACUUCAGAAAGCUAAGCAGAACGCAGUCUCCGGCCAAUUCUUGCAAUCUAGUUCCCAGGGCUUCUUUAUUUACCCUCUUGAGGGAAAGACUGGGAUUAAGUAAGUUACGAGCUGUGGAAUGAAAAACUUUCAUUGGUUACGACAUUUAUAUUUCCACGACUCAAUAUUCUUUUGUUAAGUUAAGUUUGUUUGUUGAAGCAUUCUUAACUCACUAAGCUCGAAGAGUCACGUUCGAAUUAAACAAAGCGGCAAAGGUCAAACGAAAACUGUCUAUUAAUCCGGAAUGAAAGUGAUGCUCAUAAAAAAAUGUGAAAAAAAUUCAAUGUUUCUUUAUGCUCGGAUACACGACAUGUAAACAAUGUAAUCAGUUUGUGUCACUCAAAAGAGGGAAAAGUAUUUAAGGGUGGAAACAGCCAAAGAACUCAACAAAUUUCUGCUUUUCAAUACUAGAAUUACUCGACAGUGUUGUCAACAAAGUUGUGACUAAAAGCUGACAGAAACUAUGCUAUACAGCCGGAAAAAAGUUGAACGUUUUUUUUGUGUUUUAGUUCCAGCGGAAAACCGCCAUUUAACAAGAAAUUAAACGAAUUAAACUCAACUAGAAGACACCAAUCCGUAUCUACUUUCAUAAAGGGCUUUUAUUUACAAAACAAACGGAUCGAUGGUAAGAUCGUAACGCAAAUUGAAUUCGCGAGACCGUGCGGCGAUUGGGCGCAAACAUUUACCUUGGCAUUAAAAUAAGUCAAAACUUUUAACCCCGCUUUUAUUACUACACAACGAAAGUUAAACCCUUGUUAGCGACAAUGCGCUCUACUCGAAUUACUAGGCAUAACAGGCAAUGAAUUCAACAGCCAUGCCGAGUGAUUCUAUGUCGCAGGGCUCUCAUCGUAGUAUUGGUAUUAUUAUCAUCGAGGUUGCGGUGUGCAUUUUGAUUGACAUGAUGGCGCUUUUUGGCAAUGUGUUGGUUUCCUUGGCGGUGAUUCGCAGUCCCAAACUGCGCACUUCAGCAAGUAUGUUUAUUCUCGCUUUAGCUAUCGCGGAUGUUCUUAUGGCGCUAAUCUGUAUCCCUAUUACUUGCGGGAUACUUGUGUCCGAAGAUUGGAUAAACAUUAGCGCGCUCUGUGACAUUCAGGGGUUUGCUAUUUUGACUUUGGCCUUGAUGUCCAUAGCCACUUUGGCUCUGACGGCUUUAAACCGCUUUUUUCGUGUGGUGAAACCUGCAAUUUACAAACGCUUCUUCACCAAAAAAAACUCUCUGCUUCUCAUAGGAGUGGUGUGGCUUAUGAUCGUUGCAUUCUACGCGGGGUUACUUGUGAGCAAGGCGACUCACGUGCGUUAUGAGCCUAGUUACGCGGUUUGUGCUGUGGCGCACACUCUCGUGCAAACGUUAGCAGAGUUCGUGUUUGUUAUUCUCGCCUUUAUAACAAUUGUUGUAAGCUACUCGCUUGUGUUCGUUCGCAUAAGAAGGGACCAGCUUUCUAUGGUCUCCUCGCUCUUGGGACAAAAUAGAGAUUUGAAUAUCUCCGUGGAAGAGAUUAAGAUCUCCAAUCUUCUUUUCAUGACUGUUCUCGGAUUCGCGAUCUGUUGGAUUCCAAGUUUAGUUGUUAUCACAAUGGAUCGCGUAUCCCCUGACACGACACCGCCUCGCUCCAGGACUUUACUAUGCACGUAUCUCAGCUACCUCAACGCAGCCUUAAACCCCUUUAUAUACGGUGUCAUGAAUCGUUCCUUUAGAGCGGAGUACAAGAGGAUCCUUCUCUGCCGCAGGACGCAGAUUGAUGUCCACCAAGCUGGGAGCAAAGCUAUGAGGACAUUUAGAAACACCGCGCGCGCUGCAGUGAUAUGGAAAGCAAGAAUUGCUUUAGAUGACAAACUAGAUAUAUCAAACGUCGCGUCGCAUAAGGAACAUAUUUCCGAUACAGUACCAACGGAGAAUGGAGAUAUACUUCUUGGAAAUUCUCGCAGUUCAUCGCCUUGUUCUGGUGUGGUUACGUUCUCGCAUAUUUCCCGCACUUCGUCGCCAACUCUAGAUUGAAAAGGGAAUUAUAAAGCCAAAAACGAAAAACACUGUCACCCAAGACUUGGGUAAAAACGUUGCAUGAAGGCCUCAAUCCAUGUUCAAGUUUUGUGUCAUUUUUCUGAUAUGAAAAAUCACUUUUAAAUUCAACGAAACCUCAAAAUUCUUGUCUUCUAGGGUAGAAGAACACAAAAUUAGUAGUAGUACACUGAAAAUAAGCAAGGAUAAUCGGGAUUGAGGCAGAUUAAGACGGAUUGCGAACGACCAACUUUUUCAAGCUGAGUCGUCGUGACGUACUGACUUUCAGCAACUGGGCUGCCUCGUCCCCGGGCGCCGUUGCGUUUCGUCGGGGAAGAGUGGGAAACAGAGCGCGCAGUUCUUCAUGGUUCAUCACUCCAUGCGCACCGAGCUCAAAAUAACAAGAGGAGUCGGGACAUGAGGCAGCCAACUAGGAGUAUCGGAGUAUUAUUCAAAUCAACGACCAAUCAUAAAUUAGUUACAGGAAAACUAGAAGCGGAGAAAAACACAAAAACGUUUAUUAUUUUUCUGUUAUUAAAGCUCUCACAGUGGUUAUCUAAAACCAGUGACUCAGUAAAUAAUUAUAGAUAAAGUAAUUGUAGAUCUUCAAAUACCAAACUGUUUACUCCUCACUACAGUCAAAUUAUUAAACAAACCACUCAUUGUACAAAAGGCUCAUAAAAUCAUACAAUUAAAUAUUGCAUGGACAGAAAAAAGUGUACAAGAACCCAUUACUUUGAAUAUCAUAAAACAGGAAUUCCCAUCAAUAUUAGAAACAGGCCCGAGUAGUAGGUAGGUAACAAUAAUAUUUCCUUUUAUAUAAUAAUUAAAUGAAUGCGCGCGCUCUGAUUAGUCAAUCAGCUAUGGAUUAUUGUGCCAGUAAACUCAU